AUGGCUGUCACCCUUGACCACACUCAAGUCCACACUCUGCUUCUGCUCGAGUUCAAGAAGGGUCUCAACACUCAUGAUGCCGUGGAGGAUCUCAACAAGGCCUUCGGAAGUUCCGUGGUCACCGAGAGGACUGCUCAGAGAUGGUACGAACGUUUCUCCGAGGGCGACUUUCAACUCUCCGACCACUUCCAGCACCGUCUCGAUGAUGAGAAGCUCCGCAAGUUGAUCAAGGAGAAGCCCGGACUGGCUGCCGAGGAAUACGCUAGCGAAUUGGGCUUCUCUCCGGCUACUGUCCAGAAGCAUCUUCUCAACUUGGGCAAGUAA